AUGGCGAGCAUCCUUCCUAGCAGCUUGCGGGUGAUCCCCAGUAACAUCACCUGUGAAUCCUACCAGGCUGUAUACAAUGGUCUUGAGCAGAGUUUGGAAGCAUUGCCACUGGACCUUUCACAGGGCGUGAGAUCAAGCGAGCAGUACCUCCAGGACACAUUCCCACGUUGCUCAGUUCCAGCUUCCUUUGUGGCUGCCUAUCUCACAUCCAGCAACUUGCCCACACUGCUGAACUGCACACUGAAAAGCCAAAACAUAUACCCGGUAGAAGUCUGGAAGCUUUUCUUCCAAAAAGCUUCUGCUGUACUGGACCAGGCCCUUGAGACAUUUGCUAACAUGGCCAGCAACAACACCUACCCGACCUCAUCAAAUGUGCUCGAGGCUCUUGGAGAAGUGAGAAUUGACAACUUCAGCCAUGUACAACUACAGAGCGAGAAGUUCAUUACCAGCUGGUUCCAGACAAAGAUCCGUCCGUUUCUGGCCGCUCCAUCUUUCAACUUCCUAUUUUGCCUUAGCUCCCAAAACUUCAGCUGCCAGACAUACCAGAUUGUCAUUCAGGCAUUUGGAAGCCAAAAGGCAUCCAUGGACAGAGACAAACAGCAAGCAGUCUUCACUCACUUCAUCAAACCUUUCCUGUCAAGAAAUGACUCAACAGAUCCUGGCUGUGUCUCAUCUAUCACGGGGAGCCAAGAGUGGCUAAAGGCAAACCUUGGCAAGUUCUCUGAUUAUGCAACUCUGCAGGACUUGCAAGCCUUCAAUCCGAAUUUAUCCACUGCUGAAUUGUUGUCAGUCCUCAGUCCUUCUCAGGUGGCACAGCUGCUACUGAGCUCUAGAGCCUCCAAUAACACAGAUUUGAUUGAUCGUGUGUUUGAGCGACUGGAAGAGGGCAACGCUCUGGAAAAUGUGGAUGAAUUCCUCACACAACUGAAAGCCAGUGAACAGAUCCCAGAUUUCCAGCCUGUUGUGAGAGAUCGGGUCAUGAAUAGGACCUUCAUCAUCAUCAGUCCACAUUUCUCCAGCUUCACGACAAAGGACUUUGAAAUUUGUGUGAGUGGGAUGGCUUCAGUUAUCCAGGAGAUGCCACUGUACAGACGACAAGAGAUCACGCAUGUUCUGCUGGGCUACCUAAGAAGUACUGAAAAUGCCAUCAAUGAGACAGCUUGCAGGCAACAAAAUGACAGUGAUACCCAAUGGCUUGAAGCAAAUCUGGGUCCAUUCGUCCAAUACACAGCAUACUCUGACCUCAAAGACUUCAACAUCUCGACGCUGGAAGUUCUGGACCUUCUUUCACCAUCGCAGAAGGCUGAUCUGAUCCUAGAUCCAAACAGUGGUGCCUUAAACGAUGCACAUGUUGUAAGGGAGGUGUUGACGAGCUUGACGGAGACCAGUGAUUUUGAGCAGCUCAAGAAUUACUUCGGGGCUUUUGCAAACAUCAACAAGCAGAGAAAUGUCACCCUCAUCCAAAAUCCAGAUGUGCGAGACACCAUUUUGAACCUGACCUUGACAGCCCUUGCUCCUCAGCUUAAAGACUUUCAGCCACAAGACUAUCAACAGUGGUUCCAGGUUUAUUUGGUUCCUGUGAUGGCGAGCAUCCUUCCUAGCAGCUUGCGGGUGAUCCCCAGUAACAUCACCUGUGAAUCCUACCAGGCUGUAUACAAUGGUCUUGAGCAGAGUUUGGAAGCAUUGCCACUGGACCUUUCACAGGGCGUGAGAUCAAGCGAGCAGUACCUCCAGGACACAUUCCCACGUUGCUCAGUUCCAGCUUCCUUUGUGUGCAAGGUGACCCCAGUUCAUGUGAAUCUCAUUUGUGAUGCAGCUGAUGGUUCAAAACUUGAACAGAUCCUAUCAGCUGGCAAUUCCUCUGCAGCCCUGUGCAAUUUCACCAUCACAGAACAUGCCUGUUCCUCUGCUGCCUAUCUCACAUCCAGCAACUUGCCCACACUGCUGAACUGCACACUGAAAAGCCAAAACAUAUACCCGGUAGAAGUCUGGAAGCUUUUCUUCCAAAAAGCUUCUGCUGUACUGGACCAGGCCCUUGAGACAUUUGCUAACAUGGCCAGCAACAACACCUACCCGACCUCAUCAAAUGUGCUCGAGGCUCUUGGAGAAGUGAGAAUUGACAACUUCAGCCAUGUACAACUACAGAGCGAGAAGUUCAUUACCAGCUGGUUCCAGACAAAGAUCCGUCCGUUUCUGGCCGCUCCAUCUUUCAACUUCCUAUUUUGCCUUAGCUCCCAAAACUUCAGCUGCCAGACAUACCAGAUUGUCAUUCAGGCAUUUGGAAGCCAAAAGGCAUCCAUGGACAGAGACAAACAGCAAGCAGUCUUCACUCACUUCAUCAAACCUUUCCUGUCAAGAAAUGACUCAACAGAUCCUGGCUGUGUCUCAUCUAUCACGGGGAGCCAAGAGUGGCUAAAGGCAAACCUUGGCAAGUUCUCUGAUUAUGCAACUCUGCAGGACUUGCAAGCCUUCAAUCCGAAUUUAUCCACUGCUGAAUUGUUGUCAGUCCUCAGUCCUUCUCAGGUGGCACAGCUGCUACUGAGCUCUAGAGCCUCCAAUAACACAGAUUUGAUUGAUCGUGUGUUUGAGCGACUGGAAGAGGGCAACGCUCUGGAAAAUGUGGAUGAAUUCCUCACACAACUGAAAGCCAGUGAACAGAUCCCAGAUUUCCAGCCUGUUGUGAGAGAUCGGGUCAUGAAUAGGACCUUCAUCAUCAUCAGUCCACAUUUCUCCAGCUUCACGACAAAGGACUUUGAAAUUUGGUUCCAAGUGAAACUGAUUACCAUCCUUGCAAGUUUUACUCCAGAAAUGCUCAAAAAUACAACCACAAACAUCAGCUGCACAAACUACCAAGUCAUUGUGAGUGGGAUGGCUUCAGUCAUCCAGGAGAUGCCACUGUACAGACGACAAGAGAUCACACAUGUUCUCCUGGGCUACCUAAGAAGUACUGAAAAUGCCAUCAAUGAGACAGCUUGCAGGCAACAAAAUGACAGUGAUGCCCAAUGGGUUGAAGCAAAUCUGGGUCCAUUCGUCCAAUAUACAGCAUACUCUGACCUCAGUGACUUCAACAUCUCUACGGCUGGAUUGUUGUCAACACUCGAUCCCUCUGAGGUGGCACAGCUGCUACUGAGCUCUGGAGCCUCCAACGACACAGAUUUCAUUGAUCUCGUGUUUGAGCGACUGGAAGAGGGCAACGCUCUGGAAAAUGUGGAUAAAUUCCUCACACAACUGACAGCCAGUGAACAGACCCCAGAUUUCCAGCCUGUUGUGAGAGAUCGGGUCAUGAAUAGGACCUUCAUCAUCAUCAGUCCACAUUUCUCCAAUUUCACGACAAAGGACUUUGAAAUUUGGUUCCAAGUGAAACUGAUUACCAUCCUUCCAAGUUUUACUCCAGAAAUGCUCAAAAAUACAACCACAAACAUCAGCUGCACAAACUACCAAGUCAUUGUGAGUGGGAUGGCUUCAGUCAUCCAGGAGAUGCCACUGUACAGACGACAAGAGAUCACACAUGUUCUCCUGGGCUACCUAAGAAGUACUGAAAAUGCCAUCAAUGAGACAGCUUGCAGGCAACAAAAUGACAGUGAUGCCCAAUGGGUUGAAGCAAAUCUGGGUCCAUUCGUCCAAUAUACAGCAUACUCUGACCUCAGUGACUUCAACAUCUCUACGGCUGCAUUGUUGUCAACGCUCGAUCCCUCUGAGAUGGCACAGCUGCUACUGAGCUCUGGAGCCUCCAACGACACACAUUUCAUUGAUCUCGUGUUUGAACAACUUGAAGAGGGCAACGCUCUGGAAAAUGUGGAUGAAUUCCUCACACAACUGACAGCCAGUGAACAGACCCCAGAUUUCCAGCCUGUUGUGAGAGAUCGGGCCAUGAAUAGGACCUUCAUCAUCAUCAGUCCACAUUUCUCCAGCUUCACGACAAACGACUUUGAAAUUUGGUUCCAAGUGAAACUGAUUACCAUCCUUCCAAGUUUUACUCCAGAAAUGCUCAAAAAUACAACCACAAACAUCAGCUGCACAAACUACCAAGUCAUUGUGAGUGGGAUGGCUUCAGUCAUCCAGGAGAUGCCACUGUACAGACGACAAGAGAUCACACAUGUUCUCCUGGGCUACCUAAGAAGUACUGAAAAUACCAUCAAUGAGACAGCUUGCAGGCAACAAAAUGACAGUGAUGCCCAAUGGGUUGAAGCAAAUCUGGGUCCAUUCGUCCAAUAUACAGCAUACUCUGACCUCAGUGACUUCAACAUCUCUACGGCUGGAUUGUUGUCAACACUCGAUCCCUCUGAGGUGGCACAGCUGCUACUGAGCUCUGGAGCCUCCAACGACACAGAUUUCAUUGAUCUCGUGUUUGAGCGACUGGAAGAGGGCAACGCUCUGGAAAAUGUGGAUAAAUUCCUCACACAACUGACAGCCAGUGAACAGACCCCAGAUUUCCAGCCUGUUGUGAGAGAUCGGGUCAUGAAUAGGACCUUCAUCAUCAUCAGUCCACAUUUCUCCAAUUUCACGACAAACGACUUUGAAAUUUGGUUCCAAGUGAAACUGAUUACCAUCCUUCCAAGUUUUACUCCAGAAAUGCUCAAAAAUACAACCACAAACAUCAGCUGCACAAACUACCAAGUCAUUGUGAGUGGGAUGGCUUCAGUUAUCCAGGAGAUGCCACUGUACAGACGACAAGAGAUCACACAUGUUCUGCUGGGCUACCUAAGAAGUACUGAAAAUGCCAUCAAUGAGACAGCUUGCAGGCAACAAAAUGACAGUGAUGCCCAAUGGGUUGAAGCAAAUCUGGGUCCAUUCGUCCAAUAUACAGCAUACUCUGACCUCAGUGACUUCAACAUCUCUACGGCUGGAUUGUUGUCAACACUCGAUCCCUCUGAGGUGGCACAGCUGCUACUGAGCUCUGGAGCCUCCAACGACACAGAUUUCAUUGAUCUCGUGUUUGAGCGACUGGAAGAGGGCAACGCUCUGGAAAAUGUGGAUAAAUUCCUCACACAACUGACAGCCAGUGAACAGACCCCAGAUUUCCAGCCUGUUGUGAGAGAUCGGGUCAUGAAUAGGACCUUCAUCAUCAUCAGUCCACAUUUCUCCAAUUUCACGACAAACAACUUUGAAAUUUGGUUCCAAGUGAAACUGAUUACCAUCCUUGCAAGUUUUACUCCAGAAAUGCUCAAAAAUACAACCACAAACAUCAGCUGCACAAACUACCAAGUCAUUGUGAGUGGGAUGGCUUCAGUCAUCCAGGAGAUGCCACUGUACAGACGACAAGAGAUCACACAUGUUCUCCUGGGCUACCUAAGAAGUACUGAAAAUGCCAUCAAUGAGACAGCUUGCAGGCAACAAAAUGACAGUGAUGCCCAAUGGGUUGAAGCAAAUCUGGGUCCAUUCGUCCAAUAUACAGCAUACUCUGACCUCAGUGACUUCAACAUCUCUACAGCUGGAUUGUUGUCAACACUCGAUCCCUCUGAGGUGGCACAGCUGCUACUGAGCUCUGGAGCCUCCAACGACACAGAUUUCAUUGAUCUCGUGUUUGAGCGACUGGAAGAGGGCAACGCUCUGGAAAAUGUGGAUAAAUUCCUCACACAACUGACAGCCAGUGAACAGACCCCAGAUUUCCAGCCUGUUGUGAGAGAUCGGGUCAUGAAUAGGACCUUCAUCAUCAUCAGUCCACAUUUCUCCAAUUUCACGACAAAGGACUUUGAAAUUUGGUUCCAAGUGAAACUGAUUACCAUCCUUCCAAGUUUUACUCCAGAAAUGGUCAAAAAUACAACCACAAACAUCAGCUGCACAAACUACCAAGUCAUUGUGAGUGGGAUGGCUUCAGUUAUCCAGGAGAUGCCACUGUACAGACGACAAGAGAUCACACAUGUUCUCCUGGGCUACCUAAGAAGUACUGAAAAUGCCAUCAAUGAGACAGCUUGCAGGCAACAAAAUGACAGUGAUGCCCAAUGGGUUGAAGCAAAUCUGGGUCCAUUCGUCCAAUAUACAGCAUACUCUGACCUCAAAGACUUCAACAUCUCUACGGCUGGAUUGUUGUCAACACUCGAUCCCUCUGAGGUGGCACAGCUGCUACUGAGCUCUGGAGCCUCCAACGACACAGAUUUCAUUGAUCUCGUGUUUGAGCGACUGGAAGAGGGCAACGCUCUGGAAAAUGUGGAUAAAUUCCUCACACAACUGACAGCCAGUGAACAGACCCCAGAUUUCCAGCCUGUUGUGAGAGAUCGGGUCAUGAAUAGGACCUUCAUCAUCAUCAGUCCACAUUUCUCCAAUUUCACGACAAACGACUUUGAAAUUUGGUUCCAAGUGAAACUGAUUACCAUCCUUCCAAGUUUUACUCCAGAAAUGCUCAAAAAUACAACCACAAACAUCAGCUGCACAAACUACCAAGUCAUUGUGAGUGGGAUGGCUUCAGUCAUCCAGGAGAUGCCACUGUACAGACGACAAGAGAUCACACAUGUUCUCCUGGGCUACCUAAGAAGUACUGAAAAUGCCAUCAAUGAGACAGCUUGCAGGCAACAAAAUGACAGUGAUGCCCAAUGGGUUGAAGCAAAUCUGGGUCCAUUCGUCCAAUAUACAGCAUACUCUGACCUCAGUGACUUCAACAUCUCUACGGCUGGAUUGUUGUCAACACUCGAUCCCUCUGAGGUGGCACAGCUGCUACUGAGCUCUGGAGCCUCCAACGACACAGAUUUCAUUGAUCUCGUGUUUGAGCGACUGGAAGAGGGCAACGCUCUGGAAAAUGUGGAUAAAUUCCUCACACAACUGACAGCCAGUGAACAGACCCCAGAUUUCCAGCCUGUUGUGAGAGAUCGGGUCAUGAAUAGGACCUUCAUCAUCAUCAGUCCACAUUUCUCCAAUUUCACGACAAAGGACUUUGAAAUUUGGUUCCAAGUGAAACUGAUUACCAUCCUUCCAAGUUUUACUCCAGAAAUGCUCAAAAAUACAACCACAAACAUCAGCUGCACAAACUACCAAGUCAUUGUGAGUGGGAUGGCUUCAGUCAUCCAGGAGAUGCCACUGUACAGACGACAAGAGAUCACACAUGUUCUCCUGGGCUACCUAAGAAGUACUGAAAAUGCCAUCAAUGAGACAGCUUGCAGGCAACAAAAUGACAGUGAUGCCCAAUGGGUUGAAGCAAAUCUGGGUCCAUUCGUCCAAUAUACAGCAUACUCUGACCUCAGUGACUUCAACAUCUCUACGGCUGCAUUGUUGUCAACGCUCGAUCCCUCUGAGAUGGCACAGCUGCUACUGAGCUCUGGAGCCUCCAACGACACACAUUUCAUUGAUCUCGUGUUUGAACAACUUGAAGAGGGCAACGCUCUGGAAAAUGUGGAUGAAUUCCUCACACAACUGACAGCCAGUGAACAGACCCCAGAUUUCCAGCCUGUUGUGAGAGAUCGGGCCAUGAAUAGGACCUUCAUCAUCAUCAGUCCACAUUUCUCCAGCUUCACGACAAACGACUUUAAAAUUUGGUUCCAAGUGAAACUGAUUACCAUCCUUGCAAGUUUUACUCCAGAAAUGCUCAAAAAUACAACCACAAACAUCAGCUGCACAAACUACCAAGUCAUUGUGAGUGGGAUGGCUUCAGUUAUCCAGGAGAUGCCACUGUACAGACGACAAGAGAUCACACAUGUUCUGCUGGGCUACCUAAGAAGUACUGAAAAUGCCAUCAAUGAGACAGCUUGCAGGCAACAAAAUGACAGUGAUGCCCAAUGGCUUCAAGCAAAUCUGGGUCCGUUCGUCCAAUAUACAGCAUACUCUGACCUCAAAGACUUCAACAUCUCGACGCUGGAAGUUCUGGACCUUCUUUCACCAUCGCAGAAGGCUGAUCUGAUCCUAGAUCCAAACAGUGGUGCCUUAAACGAUGCACAUGUUGUAAGGGAGGUGUUGACGAGCUUGACGGAGACCAGUGAUUUUGAGCAGCUCAAAGAAUUUUUCGGGGCUUUUGCAAACAUCAACAAGCAGAGAAAUGUCACCCUCAUCCAAAAUCCAGAUGUGCGAGACACCAUUUUGAACCUGACCUUGACAGCCCUUGCUCCUCAGCUUAAAGACUUUCAGCCACAAGACUAUCAACAGUGGUUCCAGGUUUAUUUGGUUCCUGUGAUGGCGAGCAUCCUUCCUAGCAGCUUGCGGGUGAUCCCCAGUAACAUCACCUGUGAAUCCUACCAGGCUGUAUACAAUGGUCUUGAGCAGAGUUUGGAAGCAUUGCCACUGGACCUUUCACAGGGCGUGAGAUCAAGCGAGCAGUACCUCCAGGACACAUUCCCACGUUGCUCAGUUCCAGCUUCCUUUGUGUGCAAGGUGACCCCAGUUCAUGUGAAUCUCAUUUGUGAUGCAGCUGAUGGUUCAAAACUUGAACAGAUCCUAUCAGCUGGCAAUUCCUCUGCAGCCCUGUGCAAUUUCACCAUCACAGAACAUGCCUGUUCCUCUGCUGCCUAUCUCACAUCCAGCAACUUGCCCACACUGCUGAACUGCACACUGAAAAGCCAAAACAUAUACCCGGUAGAAGUCUGGAAGCUUUUCUUCCAAAAAGCUUCUGCUGUACUGGACCAGGCCCUUGAGACAUUUGCUAACAUGGCCAGCAACAACACCUACCCGACCUCAUCAAAUGUGCUCGAGGCUCUUGGAGAAGUGAGAAUUGACAACUUCAGCCAUGUACAACUACAGAGCGAGAAGUUCAUUACCAGCUGGUUCCAGACAAAGAUCCGUCCGUUUCUGGCCGCUCCAUCUUUCAACUUCCUAUUUUGCCUUAGCUCCCAAAACUUCAGCUGCCAGACAUACCAGAUUGUCAUUCAGGCAUUUGGAAGCCAAAAGGCAUCCAUGGACAGAGACAAACAGCAAGCAGUCUUCACUCACUUCAUCAAACCUUUCCUGUCAAGAAAUGACUCAACAGAUCCUGGCUGUGUCUCAUCUAUCACGGGGAGCCAAGAGUGGCUAAAGGCAAACCUUGGCAAGUUCUCUGAUUAUGCAACUCUGCAGGACUUGCAAGCCUUCAAUCCGAAUUUAUCCACUGCUGAAUUGUUGUCAGUCCUCAGUCCUUCUCAGGUGGCACAGCUGCUACUGAGCUCUAGAGCCUCCAAUAACACAGAUUUGAUUGAUCGUGUGUUUGAGCGACUGGAAGAGGGCAACGCUCUGGAAAAUGUGGAUGAAUUCCUCACACAACUGAAAGCCAGUGAACAGAUCCCAGAUUUCCAGCCUGUUGUGAGAGAUCGGGUCAUGAAUAGGACCUUCAUCAUCAUCAGUCCACAUUUCUCCAGCUUCACGACAAAGGACUUUGAAAUUUGGUUCCAAGUGAAACUGAUUACCAUCCUUCCAAGUUUUACUCCAGAAAUGCUCAAAAAUACAACCACAAACAUCAGCUGCACAAACUACCAAGUCAUUGUGAGUGGGAUGGCUUCAGUCAUCCAGGAGAUGCCACUGUACAGACGACAAGAGAUCACACAUGUUCUCCUGGGCUACCUAAGAAGUACUGAAAAUGCCAUCAAUGAGACAGCUUGCAGGCAACAAAAUGACAGUGAUGCCCAAUGGGUUGAAGCAAAUCUGGGUCCAUUCGUCCAAUAUACAGCAUACUCUGACCUCAGUGACUUCAACAUCUCUACGGCUGGAUUGUUGUCAACACUCGAUCCCUCUGAGGUGGCACAGCUGCUACUGAGCUCUGGAGCCUCCAACGACACAGAUUUCAUUGAUCUCGUGUUUGAGCGACUGGAAGAGGGCAACGCUCUGGAAAAUGUGGAUAAAUUCCUCACACAACUGACAGCCAGUGAACAGACCCCAGAUUUCCAGCCUGUUGUGAGAGAUCGGGUCAUGAAUAGGACCUUCAUCAUCAUCAGUCCACAUUUCUCCAAUUUCACGACAAACAACUUUGAAAUUUGGUUCCAAGUGAAACUGAUUACCAUCCUUGCAAGUUUUACUCCAGAAAUGCUCAAAAAUACAACCACAAACAUCAGCUGCACAAACUACCAAGUCAUUGUGAGUGGGAUGGCUUCAGUCAUCCAGGAGAUGCCACUGUACAGACGACAAGAGAUCACACAUGUUCUCCUGGGCUACCUAAGAAGUACUGAAAAUGCCAUCAAUGAGACAGCUUGCAGGCAACAAAAUGACAGUGAUGCCCAAUGGGUUGAAGCAAAUCUGGGUCCAUUCGUCCAAUAUACAGCAUACUCUGACCUCAGUGACUUCAACAUCUCUACAGUGAAUAUAGCAGAUCUGCUCACUCUUAGUCAGCUGGCCAACCUUGCAGCAACUCCAUCACAGCUAAAGAGCAAGGCAGAUGUUAUGAAGAUCAUGGCAGUCAUCAAUCCUGGUGACUUUGGUGCUUUCUUCGAUGAAGUCUCACCAGCCAUCAAAGUCCAUUCAGCUAACUACUCACAGGAAGUGAAGUCUGCAUUCCUUGAAGCAGUUUUCAACAGAGGGAAUCUGUCAUCUCCAACUGUCAAUGAUGGAGACUUCCUGCUAUGGCUCAGAGUUCGACUGAGCCCUCUCCUGACCAGCCUCUCUCCCAGCCUGGUGACACCCUUAUUCAGUAUCGGGAUCAAAAGGAGUUGUAACAGCAGCCAAGAGAUGAUUGCAUUGCUGGACACAUUGACCACAACACUCAGCAACAACACCCAAAGGGAGAUCUACAAAAACAUACUUGUCUUCCUUCAAGGUCCACCACCACUCAAGUGUUACAGUGGUGGAAGCUUCUAUGUCUAUCUGAGGAACACUUUCCUCAGCUUUGGCUUUCCAGAUUUGUCCACGUUUGUGUCACUCCUGCCACCAAUGCGCAAAUCAGAGCUUCUUGAUACCAUCAGCACCUCAGAGCUCCGCCAGUUCCUUAGUCAGCCCAGUGUGAUUAGUAACAGUACUGACAUCUGUGUCAUCUUCAACAACUACAACAACACUCCUGCCUUCCUUGAGACUGAGGAUGUUCCAGACAAUGUAAAGAAGGUGAUCCUCCCCUGUAUUUGGCCUUCUGCGCUGAAUAGCAGGAGCAGAGCUGAGGCUAAUUUAUGGUUUGACCUGCGACUGAGGAAUUAUCUUAGAUUCCUCAGCAAGAGCCUCAUCAGCCCCGACGAAGUGCAGAACGCCUCAUGUUUUGCCUUCCAGAAACUGGUCUAUGUGAUGGGAAAUAACUUCACAUACAACAGCUCUGAGUUUGGACAGCAGUACGUUUAUACCACCAUCAAGACCUACUUGAGUGCUGGUUCUGGCGCCAGAUGCUACAAUGCCAGUGAUGCAGCACUAAACUCUACUGCCUGGUUUGUCAGUAACAUCGGGAACUUUGUGACAUUUAUCACUCUGGAUGACCUCACCACCUUUGUCUCCACCGCUCAGUUUCAAGUGUUCUUGAAGAACCAAGCCAACCUGGAACUCUUCAACAAUAAAGCAAUCCCAGCAAAUGUAACCAACUACUAUGUCACACAGCUUUUUGCAUUCGAUCCGAACUUCAAGCCGGUCAACCUCCCAGGCUUUUUCCUGUGCUCUUCUGCGGUGCCACCUUUGGCAUAUACUACUAUGACUGAAGCUGAAACCAUGGUUAUCUUAGACAAUCUGAAGACUUUCUGCAAUGGCCCCCAGGACCCUGAGGUUUCUGCUGCUUUGGCAUCCAACAUCAAGAUAAUUACAUCAGUGACAUUUAUAGCUCUUGGUAGCUCCAGCGCAGGUCUGAGCAACAGCCAGAUCAGUUCAGUUUCCUCAUCAGUGCUCAUCUCUUCUUUGUCCACCCUGGGCUCAAUCAGUACCUGGAGCCAAGAUCAGGCCUCAAUAAUCAUCCAAACCCUUACUGCCUCAGGCUUCCAGAUCAACAGCGAAGCCUCCCUGGCAUCCCUUGGCACACUUGUUAUUGGACUUCCUUCAGAAACAAUAGCAAAAACCAGCGCUUCUGUGCUACUCAGCGUCUCAAAGAGCACCACCUUCGUUUCCAACAUGCUGGCAGCCCCAAGUGUUGUCCAACUGACCGUCGUCAAAAAGAUCAUUUCUCUGGACAUAAAUCCAUCACAAGUGGUGCUGAAUGUGCCAGAUGCUAUGGCAGUUAGGAUCCCACCAUCCCUGUUGGUGUUUUCUAGCCAAUCUGCAAACAUCACCGUGCUCAACAGAAAAACAUGGACACCAGAUCAGGCUGCCAUCUUUUUUGGGGUCCUUGACAACACAAACUUUGACACUGAGCAGCUUUCUCCUUCAGUGCUGCAAGGCUUCACUUGCACUUCUGUCCAGAAAAUGACACAAUUCAGGACCAAGGAGCUAAUCAGGGCCUGUAGGCGCCGGGCAGGCCAAGCCAAAGUGCAGUUAAAGGAAUCCCAGCUGACCUGCAUGCUCAACUUGCUGAGUGGUGAAAUCUCACAAAACUUCACAGAUUAUCCAUCAGAUAUGCUUCUCUACUUAAGCAGCAAAAAUGUCAACAAAGGCAACUGCAGGUCAUACUUUUCUGCGUUGGGUGCGGCAGACUUCUCUGUGGCCUCCAAAAUCUUGAAUAAGGGCUCGCAACUGUUCCGUGAAGCGACUGCGUGCUUGGGUAUAAAUGGCUUGAGGCUGAGCAGACAGAAUGUGGAGAUCUUGGGGAACAUGGCUUGCACUCUGGAUGGGUCUUACAUACAGAACGCAGAUCCUCUCAUCCUGGAGAAACUUAAAGCCUGCAAUGACUUCUCUGCCAGCCAGGUGGCAGCCAUGGAGACCUUGCUGCUGUCUGGAACAACACAAUAUGGAAAUGCUGCUUCCUGGAAUGAGCAAACACUGGAGAACCUUGUACCCCUUCCACUCUACUUCACAAGAAAUAUCUGGAGCCGGUUCAGUUUUACAACAAAGAAAAUGUUCCUUAAGACCUUCAUGCCCAAACUGAGGAAAGCAAACACCGAGAAAAGCAAGCUCAAGACGCUGUUCCAAAAGAUCAGCAGCCUGACGACAAAACGAGAAGCAGGUUGUACCAUGGGCAGCAUCACCCAGGUGAUAGUUAGCGACCCCUCCUUCCCCUUUGGCUAUGAUCUCAUGCAGUUUGACCUCUGCCUGGAUGUUCCCGUUCUGAAAGAAAACCUCAACUCCAUCUGCAACAAAGUGGAUGAUAAUGGCUUCCAGACUGUCAUCCUAAAGAAACUCAACGAGGCAUUCCCAUCAGGGGUUCCUGAUCAGGAUGUCCAGGUGCUUGGAUCAGUGUCUCGUGUGGCAUCACUUGACGAUAUAUCCAAGUGGAACAUAACCAAAAUUGACACCCUUGCAGCUCUAAUGAAACCUGAAGAUGGACCCUGGGAGGCAGCAAAGAGCAACAAAAUCAUCACUCAGUAUCUGAGCACUUUCGGAAACUCCUUGGGCAGCACUGAGCUGACCAUUAUUGACUCCAACCUGUGCUCACUAAACACCAGUACACUCCAGACCAUCAGCCCAGACAGCAUCAGAAAUGCCAGCUCUCUGAAUGUGUCAGCAUGUUCAGCUGAGCAGAAGAAAGUCCUGUAUGACAUCAGUAAGACUUCCUUUAGCUCACAACGGUCCAGCUUCAGUAUCAGUUACCAGUUGAUUAAGCCCUAUCUAGGUGGAGCACCACUGCAGGAUAUAGUAGCACUGUCAACACAAAACAUCAGCAUGGACAUAAGCACUUUCAGCAGUCUGGACCCUACUGUUAUAGCUAAUUUGACUGUGAGCAACGUUAAAGGCCUCAUGGGUAUGCACCUACCUGAUCUGAAGCUGUUUGAGAAUGAUACUGUAGUUCAGACCUGGAUCGACCUGCAGCUGCAGUCAGAGCUGGACACACUGAAUAUGGGUCUGAUCAGCAACAGAAUGAGCCCAAUAAACCCAACUCCAGGCUCCAACGACACCACUCCAGUUCCUGGCUCCAACGGCACCACUGCAGUUCCUGGCUCCAACGGCACCACUGCAGUUCCUGGCUCCAACGGCACCACUCCAGUUCCUGGCUCCAACGGCACCACUCCAGUUCCUGGCUCCAACGGCACCACUGCAGUUCCAGGCUCCAACGGCACCACUGCAGUUCCUGGCUCCAACGGCACCACUGCAGUUCCAGGCUCCAACGGCACCACUCCAGUUCCAGGUUCCAACGGCACCACUGGAGUUCCUGGCUCCAACGGCACCACUGGAGUUCCAGGCUCCAACGGCACCACUCCAGUUCCUGGCUCCAACGGCACCACUGCAGUUCCAGGCUCCAACGGCACCACUCCAGUUCCUGGCUCCAACGGCACCACUGCAGUUCCAGGCUCCAACGGCACCACUGCAGUUCCUGGCUCCAACGGCACCACUCCAGUUCCUGGCUCCAACGGCACCACUGGAGUUCCUGGCUCCAACGGCACCACUCCAGUUCCAGGCUCCAACGGCACCACUCCAGUUCCUGGCUCCAACGGCACCACUCCAGUUCCUGGCUCCAACGGCACCACUGGAGUUCCUGGCUCCAACGGCACCACUGGAGUUCCAGGCUCCAACGGCACCACUGCAGUUCCUGGCUCCAACGGCACCACUCCAGUUCCUGGCUCCAACGGCACCACUGCAGUUCCUGUCUCCAGCGGCACCACUGCAGUUCCUGUCUCCAACGGCACCACUGGAGUUCCAGGCUCCAACGGCACCACUGCAGUUCCUGGCUCCAACGGCACCACUCCAGUUCCUGGCUCCAACGGCACCACUGGAGUUCCUGUCUCCAACGGCACCACUGCAGUUCCUGGCUCCAACGGCACCACUGCAAUUCCAGGUUCCAACGGCACCACUGCAGUUCCUGGCUCCAACGGCACCACUCCAGUUCCAGGCUCCAACGGCACCACUCCAGUUCCUGGCUCCAACGGCACCACUGCAGUUCCAGGCUCCAACGGCACCACUCCAGUUCCUGGCUCCAACGGCACCACUGCAGUUCCAGGCUCCAACGGCACCACUCCAGUUCCUGGCUCCAACGGCACCACUGCAGUUCCAGGCUCCAACGGCACCACUGCAGUUCCUGGCUCCAACGGCACCACUGGAGUUCCUGGCUCCAACGGCACCACUCCAGUUCCAGGCUCCAACGGCACCACUGGAGUUCCUGUCUCCAACGGCACCACUGCAGUUCCUGGCUCCAACGGCACCACUCCAGUUCCUGGCUCCAGCGGCGCCACUCCAGUUCCUGGCUCUAACGGCACCACUGGAGUUCCUGUCUCCAACGGCGCUACUCCAGUUCCAGGCUCCAGCGGUGCCACUCCAGUUCCUGGCUCUAACGGCACCACUGGAGUUCCAGGCUCCAACAGCACCACUUCAGCACCAGGGUCCAACGGCACCACCACAGGACCACCAGGCUCCAGUAGCACCACCGCCUCUCAAACCAAUGGGAAAGUGGAGCCUGGAAAAUCCCAGACAACUAUAAUGCUGGCUGCUCUGCUAACAGCUAUGCUACAAAUGCUACUACAACCAGCCUAAACACAUACCUAGCUUUCACAUUCUCAUAAUAAUCAAUAAUCAUCAGUCAGUAACUUUUUUUUAAUAUAGCUUGAGGGUGAAUAUUUUAUUUAUUUGUUUAAUUUAAUUCAAAGAAAACCUUUUGCCGUACAAAUGUUUAAUUUCUGCUUUACAUAUCAGUUAAAUUAUUUGACAUAUGGAUAAUCAAAACUAUUGCAGUGAUCUUUAUUAUUUAAUAUACUUUAAAUAGUUCUCUGGGAUUUUGAAAUGAAGAACUUCUAAUAAAUUCUAAUAAUCAUUGCCAAAUCUUUCUUAAAACUAAAUUGCAUUAUAUUUUAAACCAUGAAAUUUCCUGUUCUGUUAUGAUCUAACCUGUAUUGCUAUUGAUAAAAUCAAUAAAAACAUGCUAAUAAAUAUCUGACGCCUAUGUCUCUGCCUGUUGAGCAACACAAAGAUCCAGCAUCAUAUUUUUGAGUAGUUACUGGCUCUGUUGUAAAUUCAAAACUUUAAACUCAAGCUUAAGAAUGAAAGGUUUAGGGUUCACAGCAUU